GUGGAUGUACCGUCCAACAAUAGCAGAGCCAGCAGAUGGGGCCGGCGAAGGCCCGGGUCGACCAAGUACAACUCUAUGACGCUCUCCUCGCAGGACUCUGUGCCGAAACAAGUGUUCGUUGACAUAGAAGAAGAAUUUCUGCAUGCGGCAGAGUUUGGAGACAUCCCCAAUGUGAAGAGAAUACUCACCGACUAUCCGGACUUGAACGUUGAUUGUAUUGAUGCUCUAGGACGCACUGCCCUGCGUCUUGCGGUCAAAAAUGAGCAUUUGGAGGUUGUUGAAGUUUUGCUGGACAAGUCGAACCAGCAUCACAUCCAUGAAGCAGUCCUACAAGCCAUUAGUGCCGGCCACACACAGAUUGCAGAAACCAUCUUGAAGCAUCGGCGCUAUCUGGAGAUGUGGAAGGAGAGAAGGAAGCUUGGCGACACAGACGGUUUCUAUAAAACAGCUUUUCCAGACUCCCAGUUUUCUCCCGACAUAACACCAUUAAUUCUAGCCUCCCAGAAAAACCAGUAUGAGAUUGUUCAGCUGUUGCUACUUCGGGGAGAAACCAUCAUGAAACCUCACAAGUUUAGUUGUGGUUGUCAGGAAUGUCGCAACAGAAUGAAGUUUGAUCAGCUUCGAUUGGCUAAGUACAGACUGAACGCCUACAGGGGUCUGGCUAGUGAGGCUUAUAUUUCAUUGUCCAGUAAAGAUCCGAUUCUGACAGCAUUUGAGCUAGCGGCGGAGCUAAGGAGAUUGUCUCGAGUAGAGAAACAUUUUAAGCGGGAGUACAGAGAUCUAGCCGAUCAGCUGAGUGAUUACGUGGUCAAGCUACUCGACCGCAUCCGGACCCAGAAGGAGUUAGAGCUUGUCUUGAACAAAACCGGCAAACAUCACCAGGAGAAAUAUGAAAGCUUAGCCAGAUUCAAGCUGGCAUUGAACUACAAAGAGAAAAAGUUUAUAGCCCACCCCAGUUGCCAGCAAAGAGUGGUCCGUACCUGGUACAAUGGUAUGGGCAAGUUGGAGCGUGCGGGCUGGCCAAGGCGUCUCUUCAUGACAUCCCUGUUCAUUUGUGUCUACCCGUUCCUCGUGUUCUUGCACAUUUUCCUUCCCAGCACCAAGGGUGCAAAAGUACUGCAGUUUCCUGUGGUGAAAUUUCUAUGUCACGCCAUGUCUUUUUUGGCGUUUCUUUUACUGAUUGUAGUGUCCACUAUCGAAGCUUCUCAGAGUGUCAGCAAAUACAGAACGUUGAGGACGGAGUACCUACAGUUCAGGAACCAGACCAAUGAGACAGUGUAUGAAGAAGACUUUCCGCUGCGGGCCAACUUCCCAAGUGUCACAGAGAUGUUGAUGAGUCUGUGGAUUAUUGGUAUGGUCUGUCAGGAAUGCAAUCAGCUGUAUCACACGGGUGUCAUGGAGCAUAUGUUGAACCUCUACAAUCUUCUGGACUUCAUGGUCAUCAGCAUCUACAUCUCCAUUUUUACUUUGAAAUAUUGGGCUAUGUACAAGGUUUACUGUCCUGGUCGUAUGUAUGUAAACGUUAAUGUCCUUCCUCCUUUCUUUACAGACCGCAUAUAUUGGAAGGCAGAUGAUCCCAUUAAUUUGCUGGAGGGACAGUUUGCUAUGGCAAAUAUCCUCAGCUUUUCCCGUAUCUCUUAUCUGCUUCCUGCCAACGAGAUACUGGGACCUCUGCAAAUUUCCCUGGGCCGUAUGCUUAAGGACAUUGCCAAGUUCCUGGCCCUGUUUGUGCUGGUAAUUUUAGCGUUCAUGGUGGGACUGCACAACCUCUUCUGGUACUACAGUGAGAGGAAAGACAUCGAGCUGGAUCUGCCCAAUCGUCCAGACGAGGGCGAAGUUAAGGCGGAGACAAACUUUGGAGGUGUCCUGGCCACAUUUCGAACUGUAUUUUGGUCGCUGUUUGGCCGCGGAGAGCCAGAUGCCGUCAAACUUGGUGGUUACAACAACACUUUCACUGAGGAUAUUGGUUACAUUAUAUAUGGUGCUUACAACGUUGCCAUGGUAACUGUUCUGCUCAAUAUGUUGAUCGCCAUGAUGACCAGGUCCUUCACCUUAAUUGCUGAAGACUCUGACCGCGAGUGGAAAUUCUCCAGAAGUCUCCUGUACAUGGAUUACAUCGGAGAAGGCGGCACGCUGCCCACUCCUCUCAACAUCGUUAGCAUUCCCAAAGCUGUGCUGAAGCUGAUUUUCUGCACUCUGUGUUGUUGUAAAUGCUGCAGUAGUUCAGAAGAAGACGGUGCCGAUGAUGAUGACGAGGAUGAUGAAAAUGCUGCCCGGAAGUACCCAGUUCGAAACCCAAAUGGUCCAGGGGCACCAGCCAGGGAUUCAAUGCGAUCGUCUUUGGCAAAGAACUCUUCUCUAGACGACUCCAUCGGUGGUAUUCAUCCCUCUGAUGCUGUAGAAAUGAAUGAGAAGAAUGGACGGGUCAACGAAGGUUUUGUGGACACGCCCACCAAAGCCACGCCCACCAAAGCCACGCCUAUCAGAAACCAGUCAGCAAUGGUUACUCUCGAGGCGGAGGAAGAGAAGCUUACCUAUCAGCAAACCAUGCAACGAAUAGUCCAGAGGUACAUAUUUGACAUACAGCGAGAAGCAGAAGUUACAGAAGAUGACUUUGAAGAGAUCAAGCAAGACAUUUCCAGCUUCCGCUACGAUCUCAUCAACCAGAUGACCACAAAGUCCACAGUGGAAGAGGAGUUGAAAACUAGUAUGACAGCUAUAUUGCAACAACUUCAG